AUGGCCGCGCGCCCCGGGCCGCUCUGGCUGCUGGGCCUGGCGCUGUGCGCGCUGAGCGGCGGCGGCGCCUCGGGCCCGCGCCCCUCGCCCGGCUGCCCGCAACGGCGCCUGGGCCCGCGCGAGCGCCGCGACCUGCAGCGCGAGAUCCUGGCGGUGCUCGGGCUGCCCGGGCGGCCCCGGCCCCGCGCGCCGCCCUCCGCCGCCGCCCGGCUGCCCGCGUCCGCGCCGCUCUUCAUGCUGGACCUGUAUCGCGCCAUGGCCGGCGACGACGACGAGGACGGCGGGACCCCCGAGCGGCGCCUGGGCCGCGCCGACCUGGUCAUGAGCUUCGUCAACAUGGUGGAGCGGGACCGCACCCUGGGCCACCAGGAGCCCCAGUGGAAGGAGUUCCGCUUUGACCUGACCCAGAUCCCGGCGGGGGAGGCCGUCACGGCCGCGGAGUUCCGGAUUUACAAGCUGCCCAGUACCCACCUGCUCAACUGGACCCUCCACGUCAGCAUGUUUGAGGUGGUCCUGGAGCAGUCCAACAGGGAGUCUGACUUGUUCUUUUUGGAUCUUCAGACGCUCCGAUCUGGGGACGAGGGCUGGCUGGUGUUGGACGUGACAGCAGCCAGUGACCGCUGGCUCUUGAACCGUAACAAGGACCUGGGACUCCGCCUCUAUGUGGAAACAGAUGAUGGGCGCAGUGUGGAUCCUGGCCUGGCCGGUCUGCUGGGGCAACAGGCACCGCGCUCCAAACAGCCUUUCGUGGUCACCUUUUUCAGGGCGAGCCCCGGCCCCGUCCGAGCCCCUCGGGCGGUGAGGCCCCUGAAGAGGAGGCUGCCGAAAAGAACCAACGAGCUGCCGCCCCCAAACAAACUGCCGGGGAUCUUCGACGACGUCCACGGCUCCCACGGCCGACAGGUGUGCCGUCGGCAUGAGCUCUAUGUCAGCUUCCAGGACCUUGGCUGGCUGGACUGGGUCAUCGCCCCCCAAGGCUACUCAGCCUAUUACUGUGAAGGGGAGUGCUCCUUCCCACUGGACUCCUGCAUGAACGCCACCAACCACGCCAUCCUGCAGUCCCUGGUGCACCUGAUGAAGCCUGACGCGGUCCCCAAGGCGUGCUGCGCGCCCACCAAGCUGAGCGCCACCUCCGUGCUCUACUACGACAGCAGCAACAACGUCAUCCUGCGCAAGCACCGCAACAUGGUGGUCCGCGCCUGCGGCUGCCACUGAGGCCCCGCCCCGCCUGCUGCGCCGCCCCUCCCGGGUCAGCUCAACCCUCCGCAGGGGGCACCCCCAACGCCCUCACAGCUCAGGCAAGGCGGCAGCCAGGGCGCCCCUCUGCUGCCCACAUCCUGCCAGGG